AAAAAGGAAAUCCAUGUUUAUUCCUUUUUGCAUUUUUUCCGGGAUCCCGACGUACGCCGAUGAACGCACUUUCUCGAAGGGAAGAGGAAACCCUUCUCAAAACCACGAAAGCACGCGCAUUAAAGGAAUGUGAUCAAGUUGUCAGAGACUUCGCGGAGUGUGCUACUGGUCGCACGGUGUCGGUCGUAUGGGCUUGUAGGGAUCAGUAUAAGUCUUUGCAAGAGUGCAUGUUGCAGUAGUAAGUAUCUUGCUCUCACCUCUCCAUCUGAUUGCGUGAUUGUACGUAUGAUUUUCAGCACAGGGCCUGAACCAAUGGCCAAGGUACGAGCUGAGUAUAUGCGCCUGAGGAACCAAAUAUCCCCUGGAGCCGAAGGCCCAACUGGUUGCGGAGUCCGCCACAUCGUAAAACUAAACUAGGGCUAAAAUUUAAGCUUGCCACC